AUUUGGACCGACAGAGCUGGAGGAGCAGCUGAACAGUGAGGAGCUUUUUGGAAAUACAUAACACACGACAACGUCGAGAGCAGGGAGUGCGUGGGUGGAUCCUGCACAUGUAGUAGAUGAUCAACACACUUAUCCUGAGGGCUUCAACUCAACAAUGCCAGAGUCGUCCCUGGAAGUCAAGGACACUGGCACCGGUUCUGUUGAAUGUAGAGCACCCCCCUUGAGGCAGUUUAACCAAUCAUUGCUGCCACUGCACAGAAGCUCCCACAUGCUCAGUUCCUUCUGCACAGAGCACAAUGUACAAGAAUGUCGAUCACAUAUCAAUCAGGAGGUGUCAACUCUUGGCCUGCCUCCAGUUUGGACGGAGUCUGCUGGCAGCACAGACAUGAAUGUUGUGGCUGUGCUCAAUUGCAUGUACGACCUGAUUCAGCUGCAUCGCAGGAACCUCAGAACUGUGGAAAAUAUGGAAAUAGAGCAGCUUAAAUGCAGCAGCAAUCUGGAUUACCUGCAGCUCACCAGCACGCGACUAAAAGAGCAGCUUGAACAAUCCAAAAGAGAAAACACUGCAAUCCUGGAAAGAGAACGACAGCUGCAGCUGAAAAUGAAGAGUUUACAAAACUGCCUGAAAAAUGAAAAAGAAGAGGUGCAGAGACUUCAGAACAUAAUUGCAAGCCGUGCCAGCCAGUACAAUCAUGAGAUGAAAAGGAAAGAGAGAGAAUUUAACAAACUGAAGGAGCGCUUGAACCAACUUCUGGUUGACAAAAAGGAGAAGAAACAAGCUAUUGACGUGUUAAACAACAUUGGAAGAGCUGAUGGGAAAAGAAGCCUCUGGAAAACUGAAAAGACAGAAGCAAAGCAUGAAGGGGAGAUGUAUAAGACUUUGCUGAGUGACUAUGACACCCGACAAAAGGAGCUGCUGCUGGAGAAUGCGGAGUUGAACAAAGUCCUGCAGCAAAUGAAAAAAGACAUGGUGACUAUUCUCAGUGCAAGGAAAUCAACGCUCAAAAGUGGCAAGCAUCAAGAUGAUUGCAUACAGGCUGAUUCAGAGGAGGACGAAGAAGUGUUUGAUUUCGGUAAAGAAAGUGUCGACCAGUAUUGUGUUCAUGCCCGGGAGAAGCUGACCUACAGUAUUCGCCUCCAGUGGAGAAGACUCAAAAGCCAUGUAGAGAGAUUGGACAGUCAAGAUGUUUGUUCAGCGUCUUUGGUACAGAUGGGUGACAUUAGAAGCACUGAUGCUGUUUCCCGCAAGACACAUGAAGAGGAGAUGGAGAGACUGAAGGAGGAGAUCCAGCAGUGCAAAGACUUCAUUCAAACACAACAGCAGCUCCUGCAUCAGCAGCUGAGCUCUCCAUGUGAUGAAGAGACUUCGUCCCUGCUGAGCGACUGCUACAUGUUGCAGGAGAAAGAGCGUCUCAGAGAGGAGUGGGAGACUUUCGAGGAGCAGAGAAAAAUCUUUGAAAGGGAGAGGAGAAACUUUACUGAAGCAGCCAUACGACUAAGCCAUGAGAGGAAGGCCUUUGAGGACGAUCGAGCAAUGUGGCUCAAACACCAGUUUCUUAACAUGAGUCCAUUUUCUGAAUCAAAGAAACCCCCAAUGUCAAAAUCUAAAAGUGCCUAUGUACUAUCUGACACAAAGGCGAGUGCAGCGUCAGCUCAAAGGAGGCUCAUUAAAUGCCCGUCUGAAACAACCUCCCCCUCAUCAAGAUUUGUUCCUCACAAAUCGAAAUCCACAGCUGACCUGUAUCACACACUCUGCCUUAUCCCAGAAAACAGUUUAACCAAACCAAAGAGAAAGACUGAACGUGUCAUAGAAUCAAGCAUCUUUUUGAAUGGAAACGUUGCAGUUCAGCACAAAAAUCGGAACGACAGUGAAGACUAGAGCAGCCACACACUCAUGAUGGAAAAGACCAGCUCUAUAAGAAGCCGAAACCUACAUCUUUGCAAUAAGAAUGACCGUUGAUGUCCAUUAUGGAGCUUUAGUGGUUCUUCAAAAACAUGCCUGAAUUGUGAAUGCCAAAUACGAAAAGACGGAUUGCAAACUAAUGACAUCACUGUUGAAAGUAAAAGCCAGAAUGAGUUCUGGUUUGCUGCUGUGUGACUGAGAGAAAAUGUGUUCUCUACCUGUAUACUUUUUCAAUAUAAUACUGUUUUGUCUUUAGAUGAUGUGUUAAAUGUAUUUAUUCAUUUGGUUCUGUAAAUCUUGCUUUGGUUGUCAUAUGUUUAGUCACAGCUUUUUAUUUUUAUUUGUUUAUUUAUGUUUGGCUAGCAGGUGUGCUGAAAACGAUCAUGUGACCUGAUAGUGACAUGUCUCUUGGCCCUUGUUAAUGGUAGCUUAUGCAGUAAACUUUUUAACUUUUGGAAUGAGGGUCAACUGGCACACUAUCUUAGAUUGUAGAUGUAAUGCUGCUGUUUGAGUGAAUGCAAUAAGGUAAUAAUGUAAUACGUUUCUACAGUUUGAUACAGUUGUGUGAGGAACAACUUAACUUUCUGGUAACUGUUCCGGUUAUGUUGUUGCGGUGAAAUAGGAAGGCUUUAACACUGAUCACAUUAUCUAGAAACGAAGUAGAUUAAUGAAAUGUGUUUAUUAUUUUAGUUUUAUUUACAGAUGUGUUUACUUCUUAACCUGUGGAAUGUGACACAAUGUAUGUAAGACUAUCGAAUAUUAUUGAAAAAUUCAUUAUACAUUUUUUGAACACGUUACUUGACAUAU